AUGGUACAUGAAACCCACACCUCUUGUUCCCGUGCAGGAUCCUCUGGUUCUGAAGACAAAUUUCAGUCACUGGGAACUCGCAGAAUGCCCUCCGGAGAUGUGGUCUUAGGAGUGAUCUUCUUAACGCAGACCAUGGUUGGACUCCUGGGGAAUUUCUCUCUUCUUUACCAUUAUCUCUUCCUUUACUUCACUGGGGUCAGGUUAAGGUCCAAGGAUUUGAUUCUUAAGCACAUGAUUGUAGCCAACUCCUUAUCCCUCCUCUGUAAAGGAAUCCCCCAGACAAUGGAAUCUUUUGGGUGGAACCGUUAUCCCAGUGAUAUUGGAUGCAAACUUCUCUUCUACCUUCACAGAGUGGGCAGGGGUGUGACCCUUGGUACCAACUGCCUCUUGAGUGUCUUCCAGGCCGUCACAAUAAGCUCCAGGAACUCCAGGUGGGCAGAGCUUAAAGUGAAAGCUGUCAAUUACAUUAUCCCUUCACUUUUUCUGUGCUGGAUCCUGCACUUGCUGGUAAAUGUCAUUUAUCUUAUGUUUGUGAGUAGCAAUUGGAGCAAGAAAAAUAUCACAAACCAAAAACAUUUUGGAUACUGUUCUACUAUUCGUCAUGACAAAACCAGAGACUCAUUGUAUGCAGCACUGCUCUCAAUCCCUGAUGUUUUCUGUUUUGGGCUCCUGCUCUGGGCAAGUGGGUCCGUGGUUUUCAUCCUCUACAGGCACAAGCAGAGAGUCCAAUAUAUUCAUAAGACCAACGUCUUCCCUAGAUCCUCCCCUGAGUGUAGAGCUACCCAAAGCAUCCUUGUCCUGGUGAGCACCUUUGUAUCUUUUUACUCUCUCUCCUCCAUCUUUCAAAUUUGUAUUGGUAUUUUUGACAAUCCCAAAUGGCUGCUGGUGAAUAUCUCAGCCUUAAUCAAUGGAUGUUUCCCAACUGCCUGUCCAUUUGUUCUCAGGAACCGUGACUCCAGCAUAUCCAGGCUCUGCUUUGCACCUAUGUGGAUUACAAAAUCCCCUAAACACAUGAUAAAUAAAUAA